AUGUCAGUAUCGAUUGCUCCAACCGAGACCGAGACAAUCACAUCUUUGUCGUUGGUCCCUGAGCUCAAUGAGGAGCUCUCAGAGCAUUCAGAGCUGGAGCUGUUGAAAGCAUCCUGCAUCGUCCGCCAAACACCCAUCUCUGUUACGCUGGGCGGCCCUUCCAUAUGUAUCCUUACCUUGGGAAUUGUACUCGCAAUUCACUUCUUGGAUUCAUAUCUGGCCGAGGCAGUUGUCAGCAUCGUCCCUGUCGCACUUCUUAUCCACAAUGACUAUAACAACUUCCUGAGCCUUGGGCCGGGAGGCACGCCGGCCACUAUCCAAGGCUAUAUCCGAAUCACCUGUCUACGCAUGCUCUCUCUCCGCGAUCCCUUCACAGCCCCCAAACCGGACCCGAAUCGUCUUCCCAAAGCAGGAGUUCUGAGUGCCCAAGUGCUUCCGUAUCGCGCCGGCCCUCGCCCCGUCGUUGCUGGGAUCGCUCCUCAACGACAACUCGACCAACAUGGCGACCGGCGGUGCUACUUUGCCCUCCGCCGAGCCAUGGAAAGGCUGAGCGCGCAGAACCCUACCAAAUUCGGCACCGAGCGUUCGUGUCUGGAAAAGCACGGCCUGGCUCUCUUCGCGAGGCAUCCUCUGCAGACCAACUGUCAGGGCGAGAUUUGCCACGUCCACGACUCGGAUCACUCAAUGCACAUGAGUCUCCACCCGGAUGACAUCAAAGAGAUAUUGCAAAAGGGCUGGGGACAGAGGCAUCCUCUGGCGUGGAAGGGCAAGUACAUCCAGAUGCCCGUCGCCCAAGAGUUUGUGAUGGUCUACGCUCCCAGAGAUGAGAUGGAGCUUGAUAUCGUCUGCAAGAUUAUCAGUGCUGCCAUAUGGUACACUCUUGCUGAAGACGUCAAAAUGAGCCUGAAAUGA